GGAAGAAGGUGACGCUGAAUUAUCGAACGCUUACUUAGUUAUCGGCUGGGGAGGCUUAAAUCGAGACAACAACAUCAAGCCCUAGCUAGCGAGGGGCGAAGAUAUUACAUCUCAUAAAUACGUGAACAUGUUGAUGCAUCCACUUUGAACAUAAAGGCAGAUAUCCAACUAAACCGAACAGGACUACUGCAGUACCUCAUCAUUGUUGACACUGCCUCCACCAUUGCCUCUUCUGCCGUGGCACUGGAACAUGAAGAAUGUCUGCUGUAUUACCAAAGACUGACCAGAAGGAAGCAAUGAGGGGCUUUGGGGGAAGUUGCCAAGCUGCGUUGUGGAUCCAGUAGCUGGGAUUCAGAGUGCUUGUUGUGUAUGAGUGUGUGUUUGUGUGUGCGUGGGUGCAUGCUAGCACAACCUGUCCCCUUCAGGCAGGGACAUGCUACUCUGAUAUUGGAGUUGGAGAAGAAAGGAGUCGACCUCCAUAAACGAGGAGAAGAAAGAAGAGAAGAGCGUAUGCAGUACAACAUUGCCAGAUAUAAAUACUGUGUGUUUUGGCUGCAGUUUAACCCAGUGGAAGUGGCUUUUAAUACACUGCACAUUUCUAUAAAACACCUUUCCUCUGUCUUUGUAUCGCCUCCCUCCCCCCUAAGAGUCCUUGUUGUUUUGGCGCCUCUGUGAUUUGCAUGGCCGGGGAGUAAUCGUGGAGAGGCCAGGGUAUCACAAGCUUAUGGAUUUUGACAAGAAGGUGGGUAAGGGAGAGACGGAGGAAGGGAAAAAUAUGUCUAAGGCAGCUGGCAGCAGGACUGUCCGGGGUACAGGGACCAACUCUGGGGUUCUUAUGGUUGGCCCAAACUUCCGCGUCGGAAAAAAAAUCGGCUGUGGCAAUUUUGGAGAGCUGCGGCUGGGGAAGAACCUCUACACCAACGAAUAUGUGGCCAUCAAAUUGGAACCAAUUAAGUCCCGGGCGCCACAGCUUCAUUUGGAAUAUAGAUUUUAUAAACAGUUGGGAAGUUCAGAGGGUAUUCCUCAGGUGUACUACUUUGGGCCAUGUGGGAAGUACAAUGCCAUGGUGCUGGAGCUGCUGGGGCCCAGCCUGGAAGACCUGUUUGAUCUCUGUGACCGCACUUUCUCCCUCAAGACCGUCCUCAUGAUAGCCAUACAGCUGAUAACACGGAUGGAAUUUGUCCACACAAAAAGCUUGAUAUACAGAGACGUGAAGCCAGAGAACUUUUUGGUGGGGCGGCCGGGCAGCAAGAGGCAGCACACAAUCCACAUUAUCGACUUCGGGCUGGCCAAAGAAUACAUCGACCCUGAGACCAAAAAACACAUCCCGUACCGGGAGCACAAGAGCCUGACGGGCACGGCGCGCUACAUGAGCAUCAACACACACCUGGGGAAAGAGCAAAGCAGGCGGGAUGACCUGGAGGCUCUGGGUCACAUGUUCAUGUACUUCCUGCGAGGCAGUCUUCCCUGGCAAGGCCUGAAGGCGGACACAUUGAAGGAGAGGUAUCAGAAGAUUGGCGAUACCAAGCGAGCUACCCCAAUUGAAGUGCUUUGUGAAAGCUUCCCGGAAGAGAUGGCCACAUAUCUGCGUUACGUGAGGAGGCUGGACUUCUUUGAGAAACCUGAUUAUGACUACUUACGGAAACUCUUCACGGAACUGUUUGACAGGAACGGCUACGUCUUUGAUUAUGAAUACGACUGGGUCGGCAAGCCACUUCCUACACCGGUAGGCCCCAUCCCCAGUGACACGCCCGCUCAGCCCAGCAGAGACAAAGCACAACAGCAGACCAAAAACCAGUUGCCUGAGGCCAAAGGAGAUGAGGCUCAGCGUCAGCUGUCUCCAAUGACCAAUACAGAGACACUGGGGUCACAUCUUGUGGCCGAAAGGCUGGGGGGCUCUGUCCAGGUGAUGAGCUCGACGAAUGGAGAGCUGAACACUGACGACCCGACGGCGGGACACUCCAAUGCUCCCAUCACUGCUCCCACUGAGGUGGAGGUGGCUGAUGAUACCAAGUGCUGCUGUUUCUUCAAAAUGAGAAAGAGGAAAACUCUCCAGCGGCACAAGUGAAGAGAAGACCUCGGCGGGAACUUGAAACAUUCUGCUCACUUUCAAGUUUUAAAUGGAAGCAACCACACCGAUCACCCAUCCUAUCUCCCUUUCCCAAUCUCUCUCUCUCUCCCUCGCUCUUCUCCAUCUUUCUCAGCGCUCUUCUGCUACAGGCGUGUAAAGCAAUGUUGUUGUCCUACAGACUUUGUGGGCUUCACAACAGACACUGGCUUCCAAAAGAAAGAAACCGUUAAAGUACCUGCAUAAUAAAGAGAGAACGUUUAAAAGCUGUAACAAAGAAACGCGAAUAUCGUGGCGUGAAUAGAAAAAAAUGAUACUGUUUGAAACAGUUGUUGUAUUCUAGAUUCCAUACAUAGCAUUUACUGUUCAACAGCCAUUGAUCUGAGGGAACUGUCAAUGAGUCGAGGGAAAGAAGUCUGUUCCAUAGAAAUAGUCCUUUAUUUGUGGGAUCAAGGUAAGAAGCAAGACUGAACUAUACUAAUGAUAACUCUGGAAUCACUGAGCGCAACAGGAAACACUUCAUCUAAAUCAGAAUUGGAGGAUGUUUAUGUUGAGUUUUUUAUUUAAUCCUCUGUUGUUUUCAAAGUCAACUCCCUGGAUUGAAAACAAAUGUUUGUUUUAGUGUA